GCUUUCCUCAGUAGCUGCCAUCGAUCGGAAACACUCGAUUGGGACUUACUAAAUUAUUUGUUGUACAACAAAAGUUUUUGCUAUUUCAAAAUCUUCGUGAAAUGGCCAACCGUAUGAAAGGAGGAGCUUGCUGUCCUUCAAGAUGUCAGCCCGCCUGUCCUCCCUGUCCACCUGGUCCGCCCUGCGAUGCACCCCUGGUGCGACUGGAUAAACUGUGGCCGGAGCCCUACAAUCCCUGCUCCUUCAAGAAUUGCCUGAUCUUUGGCGGUCACGAUGAGCCCUAUAUUCGACCCUUCGAUCCUAAGGGUUGUACACGAAUGCGCCGCAAUGAUAUCGACCGAUCGCUGGGCUAUCCCAUAGGCGUAGUGUCUGGAACGACUGCUGUAAAGUCGGGCAUUCCGAAUCAGGAGAGCGUCCGGUUUGCUUCAAAUCUUAAGGCAUUUGCUCAUUCCUAUUACACGCGGCGCGAUGAAUGGAAACCGGACACGAUCGACAUGGUGGUGAACGAGGGUCAGGUUUUGUUUAACGAUUCCGAGAACAUGGACCCUCCGAAUGCAUCAGAUUCGCCGGAUAUCUACGAUGAAAAUGAGCAGAAGGUGACGCGCCACUUUAAGAUCAACGAUAUUGAGUUUGCCAUGGAGUUGGAGGCGCCCUUUGAGGUCUAUGGCUACGAUAACGUCAUACGCAAUCUUCGGAGAAUCUUAAGAGCCUUCUUCAAAAAGGCCAAAUACGGGGUGUUCUUCACGCCGAAUUGGUAUCUGCUGAUUUGGAAGGAGAAGGGUGUUUGGAUGGUACUCGAUUUGAAUGGCAGGGACAAAACCACCAUGAAGCCGAACAAUGAAGAGGGGUAUCCCCUGCUCUUAGGCCUCAAGUCCUUCGAUAAUGUCGUUUGGCUGAUUAAAAAGGAGAGCUAUCUUGACAAGAAUGCUAAGUUUUCAAUUAGAGAAAUCCUCGUUGUUCGUUUGGCCACUCCUGGAAGUACUGGUCAAAGUUGGGAGCGAGAACAUGGCAUGCGGAUGAGCCAGUUCGAUGUGAUUGCCUCCGAUUAUGCCUAUGUCAAGUCCAAUCUCCAUCUCACCCUAAACUCAAAGGAUGCGCUAAGGAAUCGUAGCGCUCUACCUGUGGCUGUGGCCACCGCAUUGGCAUCCAAGAUCGAUCAUCCAGCCACUUGGGAUCAGAAAAUGUACGACAAGGUCAUGUGCUAUGGCGCUAAUAUGUGCAAAAAUUGCUGGGAACCCUGUACGGAUCUCAGUAAACCCAUGGAUCUCGACGAUUUUCCACGACAGAUUCGCUUGGGUCAGUUUGUGGCCGAGAUCAUGCUCACUCCAAAUGUUUACGAGGGCUGGUGGAAGUGUGUGCCGAUGUACAAGUUCAACGAUUUCCAUCUAAUGUUGGAGAAGGCUCUCGAUCAAAACGAUUACAUAAUCUUCCAGAUCAACAAUCAGAUGUAUUCGCUGUGGAAGAAGUCGGACUUUAUCUACCUAAUGGAUCCGUAUCGCCACAAUAUAGUGGGUCGCAUUUUGGAGGAGGGCGAGGAUCCGAAAAGUGCCACGGUUCGCAUGUUCGGUAAUAUGGAUCGUCUGUUGAGUGUUUUUCAUCAGAUCCUACUGGAAUCGAAUCGAUCUGCUAUAUUCCAUAUACAUACGCUCCGGAUCAGAAAUAUUACGGAAUGUCCGCCGGGCACAGCUCCUGCCUUACUGCCUCCAGAUGAGGAUGUGGAGGUUAGAUCGCUCAAUGAGAACAUCCGUUUCGAUGAGAACUACGACAAGUGCUUGCAAGAGCUGGGUGAGAUCAGCGAUUUCGAGGAGGAUCUCGUCUCCGAGAUCGAACCCAUUAUUGAGGUCAGUUCCUCGGAGGAGAUGGUCGAGGAGGAGGAAGGUGGUGGCGGUGGUGAGGUCGAAGGAGGCGAGGGAGAGGACGACGAUGAAGAUUAACCUGGGCCUGAUGGAUAUUUUCUCUAUUGGACGAAUUAUUGUAGUUUUUUAACGCCUCCACAUAUGAAAUUGUUUACAGUAUUUACACUUUGGACAAUGAAUUAAAAAAUUUGAAGUGCAUA